UUACGAUUGGGCUUUUCAGAUGAUGACUCCUCAUGUUGUGAACGAUGGCUGAUUUGUUUUGCAAAAUUGGUCAACGCGUGCACUGGACGUUGAAAAAAAUUAGGCAUACUAUAUCAUGAAAAAGGAGAGACUAUAUAGUGGAGGGGCAACGUAUCAAGCCGCAAAUGAUGAAGAUGAAGAAGAAGAAACAGAAGUGAGUGGUUGGUGCUCUUCAGUCAACGAGCGCUACCAGUGCUACGGCGAGCAAGAAGGUAGAGAAGAAAGGAAGAAAAGCUGGGUGGGAAGGGGGGGGGGAUUUCCCAUCUUUACGCUGUUGUUGUGCGAGUCCGGACGACGGAGAUGGUUUCCGAGUGUACAAGCAUAUUUUCACUUGCGGAUGACAAAGGUAACCAGCCAGCCGUACAGUUCAAGCCUUUGUGCGACAUUUGAUUUGGUGCAUAGCACAAAAAGGAUCUUUUUAUAUCGUCGUAUUGGUGCCGAUGCGGUGAUCGUCAGCAUGCGCGAAUACCUAAGAAAAAUCAGGGAUCGAACGAACACCAUACCUAACCCGAGACAUUUUUGGGGGGAUCAAUGCGUUCACGUUGACAAGCUUCCCCCAAAUGCCUGAACAAAACAUCCGUUUUUUCACAGACAAUGGCUUCAUCCUUUCCAUGCCGCGGUAUAUAGAUUGUGUGUAGUAUUUUUUUUUUCUAUUC